UUAAGCAAAUUUGUAGCUUGCAGGAACUGUCUGUGUAAACAUGAAAAACGCUUUUCACUCCUCGCUUCACAGAUCUGACCAGAGAAGCUAGGAUAGCUUUGUCGAGGGUACUUUCUAAUGGGUGACAGUCCAGAUCUUCGUCUAGGAAAUGCGCAGAUAGCUGCUGGAGAAAUCGACCACGUUGAGUUGCUGUCUUCGCAAUCCAGCGCCCUUUUCCGCUCGCAAGAAUUUACAGAUGUUACCUUUAAUGUUGAUGGCUCGAAGAUUUUCGCUCACAGGGUCGUUUUGGCUGCCCGGAGUGAGUAUUUUAGGGCGCUGUUGUAUGGAGGAAUGAGAGAAACCAACCCAGAAACUGAGAUCGAAAUUAAAGACACUACGGCUUCCGCAUUUGAUGCCUUACUCAAAUAUAUUUACAGUGGAAAAAUAUUUCUCGGCGAUUAUAAGGAGGAAACGAUCUUGGAGCUGUUAAGCCUUGCACAUAAAUAUGGUUUUCUUGCUUUGGAAAGUGCACUUCAAGGAUAUUUAAAAUCCAUAUUAAGCAUCAGAAACAUAUGUGUAAUUUUUGAUGCCGCGGUACUCUACCAAAUGAAUGAUUUGUGUGCAACUUGUUUGAGCUUUCUGGACAGGAAUGCUGUGGAGGUUUUAUCAACAGAUGGCUUUUCGUGCUUGACGAAAUCGGCUUUGACAGAAGUUGUCAAAAGAGACUCGUUUUGUGCGCCUGAAAAUCAAAUUUUUAGGGCUGUGCAGGAGUGGGUCGAAUCUGCAGAAGAGAUGAGUGAAGGAGAUUUUAAAGACAUUUUGGACACAGUUCGACUUCCCCUCAUAAGCUUACAUGAUUUGUUUAACACUGUGCGGCCUUCAGAGCUUUACUCUGCUGAUGCCAUUCUAGAUGCAAUUCAAAUUAAGACAGAAAGCCGAGUUCAUGAAAUGAACUUUCGAGGGCAUUUGGUUCCAGAUGAAAACAUUGCAACUUCCCAACAUGGUGCUGAGGUGAUUGAAGGAGAAAUGAGAGAGUCCCUGUUGGAUGGUGACACUACAAAUUUUGACCUGGAUCGGGGAUUUACAAGACAUCUCAUUCUAGAAGGAGACAAAGGGAUCUGUAUUGCACUGGGCAGACCCAGUAUAAUAAACAAUAUCAAGAUGUUGUUAUGGAAUAAAGACCCAAGAUCUUAUUCAUAUUACAUAGAGGUGUCUGUCGACAAUGAAGACUGGAUUAGAGUGAUUGAUUACUCCAAGUAUUUCUGCAGGUCCUGGCAAAGGUUGUACUUUAAACCAAGAGUUGUCAGAUAUAUCCGGGUCCUUGGAGUUCACAACACUGUCAACAAGGUUUUCCAUUUGGUACAUUUUGAGUGUUCAUACUCCAAUACUACAUAUCAGCUGGGAGAGGACGGUGUCAUUGUCCCAUUUGAGAAUGUUGCCUUGCCGUCACUGGGAGCAAGUGUGAUCGAGGGUGUCAGUCGAAGUCGUAAUGCCCUUUUAAAUGGAGAAGUUGGAAAUUACGACUGGAACAUUGGUUACACUUGCCAUCAGCUGGGAAGUGGUGCCAUUGUGGUUCAGUUACCUCAGCCCUACAUUGUUAGCACAAUGAGACUUCUUCUGUGGGAUCUGGAUGAACGAAAGUACAGCUACUUCAUAGAGGUGUCAUGUGAUCAACAGAGUUGGGUUCGAGUUGUGGACAAGACAAAGGAAGUUUGUAGGUCAUGGCAAUAUCUUUCCUUUGAGCCAAGACCAGUGGUCUUUGUGCGUAUUGUUGGUGUUGAGAACACUGCAAAUGAGGUGUUCCAUUGUGUGCAUUUUGAGUGCCCAGCUAAUCACAAAGAACCUAUGAACUGCAGCAGUGAAAUGACAGACAGCUCAGAGCAGAGUGCUGCAUCAGAUUCCACUAUUAGCUCUAUCAUGUGACCACUGAUGGCCAUCAUUCUGUGAUUUAUCAAAACAGCAACUCAUCCAAACAUAUUGCAGUAUAUUUUAUAUAAUAAGUAGAAAGUGAAAGGAAUGGCACCUCAAAUUUAAAACAGUUAAAAACAUUGCGGUUCUUGUUUUGUUAAUUCCCAUAUCCUACACUUCAGCUAAGCAACAGGCAGUGAUUUAUUGCAUAAUCAGAAAGGCCAGCUGAGAAAUGGCAACAGAGGAACCAGUUUCACUUGAAUCUGCUGGUGUUACAAACACAACUUCCUUGUAUCUAAGUUUGUUGAGUAAAGUGUUUGGAACAAACUAAACCAGAAUCCUCUGUAAAUAGUUGAGUAGGACCUGGUUUGGACUUUGUGUCAGCCAUUAAACUGACCACCUUGUGUAGAGUACAUGAUAGUAAAAAGUUGAUAAGUGUGGCUACUUCAAUUUGGAAGAGCCCAGCUGUUCUGACUUACUGCUUGUCUAACGCAGAGAAUUUUAAUUCUGGAAUGGCUUUGAUUCAGAUGACAAAUUUUAUUUGUGGCAAACUAAACCAAAUGCAAUGAUUAUGGUAGCAUAUUUGUAACCCUUUACCAAGAUCAUAAUGUUAAUUCUCCCCUCUAGCUGCUUCACAUUUUCAUGUAAUUUGGUUAGGAGAAUUUGGUGUCCAGCCAAAAGUAAAUUCAGCUCAGCAACCGUUGGGUAAAUCAUUUUCCGCUUAAAGUGAUUCAGUAUAUGAACUGAUAACCGGAGCCGAGUAUCUACAGUUUCAAAUUUAUUAAUGUUAUGGAUCUUUGUUAAUACGAUGCUUUAAAUUUGCAAUUCGAGUACAGCAAAUCAUAUGAAACUCGGGUAUACUUACAGAACUUUUAGAAAAUUGUGUUGCAUCUGUUAAUUUUAAUGUCACUAUUCUUACUGUAGUCAAAUUUUUAACUUCUGGAUGGUACACUGUUGUGUGUAGCUUAUAGUCUUGUUUAUUUGCGGAAUUUAAUCGUACUUCAAUGUACAAAGACUUCAAAAUAAAAUUAGAAAUCUUUAAACUGUUUGGAGUUAAUUUUUACUGACAGAAAAUCACUAUACUUAGCCGACUGUGGGACAUAAUCACAGUUUCGUAUCUGGGAGGGCUCAUCUUGUAAGCUUAGGCCACCUGUGACCUUUAAGAAUGGGUUGUCAAUAUUUUGUUGCAUGCCAGCGGUAACAGUUGCCGUGGUGAUGCUGAUUUGAUAGCUACAUGUGGCAUUCUUGUAGCAGAGUCGUAAUAACAGCUUGAACUGAUUGGAGUUCUACUCCAUUUCUUCCGUUUCUUGUGGAGCUUCAGGUCUCACCACAUUGCGUCUUGAUGUACACAACCUCAUGGCGAUU